GGCGCUGGUUUCCUUGUUUUCCCAGUGGCGGUCAGAGCCGAUGAGGUGGAUGUAGAUGGGACCGUGGAAGAUGACUUGGGCAAAAGCAGAGAAGGGUCUCGAACGGAUGAUGAAGUUGUUCAGAGAGAGGAAGAAGCUAUCCAACUAGAUGGCCUAAAUGCAUCCCAGAUCAAAGAAAUCAGAGAGAAAUCUGAGAAGUUUGCAUUUCAAGCAGAAGUGAACAGAAUGAUGAAGCUAAUUAUCAAUUCUCUAUAUAAAAAUAAAGAGAUUUUCUUGCGGGAACUUAUUUCAAAUGCUUCAGAUGCUUUAGAUAAGAUACGGUUGAUAUCGUUAACUGAUGAAAAUGCUCUUGCUGGCAAUGAGGAACUUACAGUUAAAAUCAAGGUAAGAAUUAGAUACAAACAUCUCUUUCAAAGAAGUGGUGGAGGAAUGUAAAAUCACACUG